GGGGGAGUUCGCGGCCCGUGGCGGCGGUGGCUACAGCGUCGACCUGGGGAUCGAGCUGGAGGGACCUCGGGAGCGUGCGGAGAUCUCUAGCUGGAGCGCGAGGGACCUCCCGCCGGGAUGCCUGGGGAGCAGAUGGACCCCACUGGAAGUCAGUUGGAGUCAGAUUUCUCUCAGCAAGACACUCCUUGCCUGAUCAUUGAAGAUUCUCAGCCUGAAAGCCAGGUUCUAGACGAUGAUUCUGGUUCUCGCUUCAGUAUGCUAUCUCGACACCUUCCUAAUCUACAGACGCACAAAGAGAACCCUGUGUUGGAUGUUGUGUCCAAUAGUGAACAAACAGCUGGAGAAGAACAAGGAGACAGUAAUAGUGGCUUCAAUGAACAACUGAAAGAAAACAAAGCUGCAGAGUCUGUGGAUUCUUCUCAUUUGGACACAUGUGGUUCCAUCAGUCAGGUCAUUGAACAGUUACCUCAGCCAAAUAGGACAAGCAGUGUUUUGGGAAUGUCAGUGGAAUCUGCUCCUCCUGUGGGUGAAGAGAAGGAAGAAGAGGUGGAAGAGAAGGAGAAAAAGGAAAAAGGAGGAGAUAUUUCAGACGAUACCACACACUCCCUUGGUGCUGAAGAUCCUGCCUCAUCACAGCUGGGCUUUGGGGUUCUAGAACUUUCCCAGAGCCAGGAUGUUGAGGAACAAACUCUGCCACGUGAAGCAGACAAUCUACAGUCAGUAACCACCAACUCUGCUUAUACUAGGCUAUCUGAUGUGGAUGAUAAUAUUGCAAUUAAGCAUGAAGAACAGUCUAAUGAAGGUAUCCCCAUGGCAGCACAGCCCAGCAAGGAUAUCCCUGUGGCACCACAGCCCAGUAAGGAUGUAUCUGUGGUAGAAGAGCAAAAUUCACCACCUGCAAGGUCAGAGGACAUGCCUGCUAGUCCCAAAGGCUCUCUUGCUGCUGUGGAAACAAAAGAACAAAUAUCUGUUCAGGAACUUCUGGAAGGUGGGAUGCAGAUUCAGAAGUCACCAGAGCCUGAGGUUUUGUCAACUCAGGAAGACUUGUUUGACCAGAGCAAUAAAACAGUAGCUUCUGAUGGUUGCUGUACUCCUUCAAGGGAAGAAGGUGGGUGUUCUCUGGCUUCCACACCUGCCACCACUUUGCACCUCCUGCAGCUCUCUGGUCAGAGGUCUCUUGUUCAGGAGAGUCUUUCCACGAAUUCCUCAGACCUUGUUGCUCCUUCCCCUGACGCCUUCCGAUCUACCCCCUUUAUCGUUCCUAGCAGUCCCACAGAGCAAGAAGGGAGAAAAGAUGAGCCAAUGGAUAUGUCAGUGUUAUCUGAAGGGGGAGAGUCUUUUCAGAAGAAACUCAAAGGUGAUGAACCGGUAGGGAUAGAAAACCCUCCUCUCCCACCUGAGCCCACUAUAUCACCACAAGCCUCAACACCGGUAUCUCAGAGCACACCAGUCUUCACUCCUGGGUCACUUCCUGUUCCAUCCCAGCCUGAGUUUUCUCAUGACAUUUUCAUUCCAUCUCCAAGUUUGGAAGAACGAUCAAAUGAUGAGAAGAAGGAUAGAGGUUUGCAUAGUUCAUCUUUGACUGUUGAGUAUUCUAAAACUUCAGAGACUGAACCAAAGAAUUCCUCUGAGGAUCUUGGGCUUUCUUUGACAGGGGAUUCUUGUAAGUUGAUGCUUUCUACAAGUGAGUAUAGUCAGUCCCCAAAGAUAGAAAGCUUGAGUUCUCACAGGAUUGAUGAAGAUGGAGAAAGCACACAGAUUGAGGAUACUGAACCCAUGUCUCCAGUUCUCAAUUCUAAACUUGUUCUUGCUGAAAAUGAUAGUAUCCUGAUUAAUCCAGCACAAGAUGCCCAAGUAGAACUGAAUCAGAAUGAUGAUAAAACAAAGAGGGUUAACACAGAAAGCAGAGACGACAUUAGUAUUUUAGCUGAUGGUUGCAAAGGCAGAGAAGAAACUGUGGCGGAAGACGUUUGUAUUGAUCUCACUUGCGAUUCAGGUAGUCAGGCAGUUCCCUCUCCAGCUACUCGAUCUGAGGCACUCUCUAGUGUGUUAGAUCAGGAGGAAGCUAUAGAACUUAAAGAACAUCAUCCAGAAGAGGGGUCUUCAGGGUCUGAGGUGGAAGAAAUCCCUGAGACUCCUUGUGAAAGUCAAGGAGAGGAGCCCAAAGAAGAAAAUAUGGAGAGUGUUGCAUUGCACCUUUCUCUGACUGAAACUCAGUCUCAGGGGCUGGGUCUUCCAAAGGAAGUCCCCAAACAAGAAUGCCAGGAAGCUAUGGAAGUUGAAACCAGUGUGAUUAGUAUUGAUUCCCCCCAAAAGCUUCCAGUACUUGACCAAGAAUUGGAACAUAAGGAUCAGGAAGCAUGGGAAGAAGCUACUUCAGAGGACUCGAGUGUUGUCAUUGUAGAUGUGAAGGAACCAUCUCCCAGAGUUGAUGUUUCUUCUGAACCUUUAGAGGUAGUGGAAAAAUGCUCAGAUUCUCAGUUGUGGGAGGAUGAUGCUCCAGAAAUAGAACCAUGUGUUGAGAAUAGAGCGGAUACCCAAGAAGAAAAGAGUGCAGAAUAUGAAGGAGAUCUGAAAUCAGUGACUGCAGAAAAAGAACCUGUAGAGGCAGACUCUUCACAGCCUCCCUUGACUUUAGUGAGAACAGAUGAUGCUCCAGGACCUGGCCAGGAAAUGCAGCAGACCCAACCAAAAGAGACAACAGUUAGCACAUUAAGGGAAGACUCAAAAAUGGCUAAUACAAAGCAGCUGGACUCAGGUGUAGGGGCCCAGCCACUGGAGAAAGCCUCUGCCCAUGCCUCACAAAGCUUCUGUGAAAGCUCUAGUGAAACUCCAUUUCAUUUUACUUUGCCUAAAGAAGGUGAUGUUAUUCCACCAUUGACUGGUGCAACUCCACCUCUUAUUGGGCAUCUAAAAUUGGAGCCCAAGAGACACAGUACUCCUAUUGGUAUUAGCAACUAUCCCGAAAGCACCAUAGCAACCAGUGAUGUCAUGUCUGAAAGCAUGGUGGAGACCAACGACCCCAUGCUUGGGAAUGAAAAAGGAGAUUCCGGGGCUGCCCCAGAAAUGGGUGAUCAGUUGUGUCUGAGAAUGAAAUUGGUCAGUCCUGAGACUGAGGCGAGUGAAGAGUCUUUGCAGUUUAGUCUGGAAAAGCCAGCAACUGGUGAAAGAAAAAAUGGAUCUACUGCUGUUGCUGAGGCUGUUACCAGUCCCCAGAAGACCAUGUCUGCGUUUAGCUGUGUCUGUGAAGCCCCGCAAGAGGAUGAGGCUCGAAGUCAGGAUUCCCCCUCUGUACCCAUCAGGGGGAACUUGCUGCAUUUUCCAAGUACUCAAGAUGAAGAGGAGAAGGGAAAAUUAGAAGGUGACCAAAGGACCAGCCAGAGUCAACAGCCUAUGAAGCCCAGUAGUCCUAUCAAAGAUCCUGCUUCUCCUACCUCCCUGGAGAUGGCCACACAGGAGCCAUCCAGUCCUCAAGGGGAAGCAAUGGAGACAGAUAUGCCAGAAGGCCAGAAAGAAGGACAGAAUACCAGUCAGGAAAAAUCUAGUGAAGCCUUGAUUAAAAGGCCCAGCCAAAAUAACGUAGGAAUCCAGACCAUAGAGCAUUCCCUCUGGGUCCCCGAAACUGUUUCAGCAGCAACUCAGACUGUAAAGAAUGUGUGUGAACAAGGGACCAGUACAGUGGACCAGAACUCUGGAAAACAAGAUGCCACAGUUCAGACUGAGAGGGGGAGUGGUGAGAAACCAGUCAGUGCUCCUGGGGAUGAUACAGAGUCACUCCAUAGCCAGGGAGAGGAAGAGUUUGAUAUGCCUCAGCCCCCUCAUGGCCAUGUCUUGCAUCGCCACAUGAGAACAAUUCGUGAGGUUCGCACACUUGUCACUCGUGUCAUCACAGAUGUGUAUUAUGUGGACGGAACAGAGGUAGAAAGAAAAGUAACUGAGGAGACUGAAGAGCCAGUUGUAGAGUGUCAGGAGUGUGAAACUGAAGUUUCCCCUUCACAGACUGGGGGCUCUUCAGGUGACCUGGGGGAUAUCAGCUCCUUCUCCUCCAAGGCAUCCAGCUUACACCGCACGUCAAGUGGGACAAGUCUCUCAGCCAUGCACAGCAGUGGCAGCUCAGGGAGAGGAGCCGGACCACUCAAAGGGAAAACCAGUGGGACAGAACCCGCAGAUUUUGCCUUGCCCAGCUCCCGAGGAGGCCCAGGAAAACUGAGUCCUAGAAAAGGGGUCAGUCAGACAGGGACGCCAGUGUGUGAGGAGGAUGGUGAUGCGGGCCUUGGCAUCAGACAGGGAGGGAAGGCUCCCGUCACGCCUCGUGGGCGCGGGCGAAGGGGCCGCCCGCCUUCUCGGACCACUGGAACCAGGGAAACAGCUGUGCCUGGCCCCUUGGGCAUAGAGGACAUUUCACCCAGCAUGUCGCCAGAUGAUAAAUCCUUCACCCGUAUUGUGCCCCGCGUGCCAGACUCCACCAGACGAGCAGACAUGGGUGCUGGUGCUUUGCGUCGAAGCGACUCUCCAGAGAUUCCUUUCCAGACUGCUGCUGGCCCUUCUGAUGGCUUAGAUGCCUCCUCUCCAGGGAACAGCUUUGUAGGGCUCCGUGUUGUAGCCAAGUGGUCAUCCAAUGGCUAUUUUUACUCUGGAAAAAUCACACGAGAUGUUGGAGCUGGGAAGUAUAAAUUGCUCUUUGAUGAUGGGUAUGAGUGUGAUGUGUUGGGCAAAGACAUUCUGCUGUGUGACCCCAUCCCACUGGACACAGAAGUGACAGCCCUUUCGGAGGAUGAGUAUUUCAGUGCAGGAGUGGUGAAAGGGCAUAGGAAGGAGUCUGGAGAGCUGUACUACAGCAUUGAAAAAGAAGGCCAAAGGAAGUGGUAUAAGCGAAUGGCUGUCAUCUUGUCCUUGGAGCAAGGAAACAGACUGAGAGAGCAGUACGGCCUAGGCCCAUAUGAGGCAGUGACGCCCCUCACCAAGGCAGCAGAUAUCAGCUUAGACAAUUUGGUGGAAGGGAAACGGAAGCGGCGAAGUAACAUCAGCUCCCCUGCCACCCCCACUGCCUCCAGCAGCAGCAGUACAACCCCUACCCGAAAGAUCACAGAAAGCCCUCGUGCCUCCACCGGAGUUCCCUCAGGCAAAAGAAAACUUACCACUUCUGAGGAGGAACGGUCCCCUGCCAAGCGAGGCCGGAAGUCUGCCACUGUGAAACCUGGUGCAGUGGGGGCAGGAGAGUUUGUGAGCCCCUGUGAGAGUGGAGACAACAUGGGUGAACCCUCUGCCCUGGAAGAGCAGAGAGGGCCUCUGCCCCUCAACAAGACCUUGUUUCUGGGCUAUGCCUUUCUCCUCACCAUGGCCACAACAAGCGACAAGUUGGCUAGCCGCUCCAAAUUGCCAGAUGGUCCUACAGGAAGCAGUGAGGAAGAGGAGGAAUUUUUAGAAAUUCCUCCUUUCAACAAGCAAUACACAGAAUCCCAGCUUCGAGCAGGAGCUGGCUAUAUUCUCGAAGACUUCAAUGAAGCCCAGUGUAAUACAGCCUACCAGUGUCUCCUAAUUGCGGAUCAGCAUUGUCGAACCCGGAAGUACUUCCUGUGCCUUGCCAGUGGGAUUCCUUGUGUGUCUCAUGUCUGGGUCCAUGAUAGUUGCCAUGCCAACCAGCUCCAGAAUUACCGCAAUUAUCUGCUGCCAGCUGGGUACAGCCUCGAGGAGCAAAAAAUUCUGGAUUGGCAACCCCGUGAAAACCCUUUCCAGAAUCUGAAGGUACUCUUGGUAUCAGACCAACAGCAGAACUUCCUGGAGCUCUGGUCUGAGAUCCUCAUGACUGGGGGGGCAGCGUCUGUGAAGCAGCACCAUUCAAGUGCCCAUAACAAAGAUAUUGCUUUAGGGGUAUUUGAUGUGGUGGUGACGGACCCCUCGUGCCCAGCCUCGGUGCUGAAGUGUGCUGAAGCAUUGCAGCUGCCUGUGGUGUCACAAGAGUGGGUGAUCCAGUGCCUCAUUGUUGGGCAGAGAAUUGGAUUCAAGCAGCAUCCAAAAUAUAAACACGAUUAUGUUUCUCACUAAGGAUACUCGGUCUUACCGGUUUUAUUCCCUGGUGUUGUGGAGACUGUGUUUUAACCAGGUUUUAAAUGUGUCUUGUGUGUAACCGGAUUCCUUGCAUGGAUCUUGUAUAUACUUUUAUUUGCUGGACUUUUAUGAUAAAAUAAAUGUUGAAUCUCUGGUUGUAGUAACUGGGAUUUCUUCAUCCAUUUCUUUGAGCUUAAUCUCAACAAAUAGCAAGACAAACAUAGUACCUUCUCUGCAGUUUUCAAUGGGCUUUUUCACUGUAGAAGGACAGCUAGCCAAGGAAAAUAACAAGGAGUGAAUUUUUUUUAAAGUUUUCUGUGGUAUCAUUGUCUGUCAAAAGAUUAACCUGGGCUGUCUAAAAUUCAGCACUUUCAAAAACCUGAUUUUACAAUAGGCCCAGAGUUAUAGUUGUGGCAGAAGUUGAGUGGAAUUGGGCACAGCUUUUAGUUUUCUGUCAAUGAAAAAAAAAAAUCUCUCUUUAGAGUUGAGCUUACUAACAGCUGACCUGUGGGUACUGUACUCUCAGCCAAAAGGGUAAAGGACCAAUUGUUGUGAAUGGGUGGUGACUAUAAACGACGACUUGCUGCAAGGAUAUAAACAUGAGAAACAGUGAUAACACUUGGAAAUGUUUGUUAGAAGCUCUAGCCAGAGGUCCAAAAUUUUAUUACGGUUACUGUUACAGUUGCUGGAAGCUGUUCCUUCUGUACUCCUAGCGUCAUCCCUGUUGAUGUCCUCUCAUUCUCUAAAGUGGGCUUAAAUAUCUUUUUUUUUCUUCCAGAUAGACAGUAAAUAUUUUAGGCUUUUUUGGCCAUUUGGUGUGCCACAACUACUUAUCUUUGCUACGACAGCAUGAAAGCAACUGUAGACAAUAGGUAAGCAAAUGAGUGUGACUGUGUCCCAAUAAAACUUUAUUUUACAAAAACAGGUGGCUGGCCAUAGUUUGCUAACCUCUGCUCCAGAGGAAGCAGUGGAAGGGGUCAUCUUUAGCUGGCAAUUACAGGGAAUAAGGGUAUGUAGUAUGUGGUGGAAGAUGUAGAGAUGAGGACCAGAUUGAGUGGCUACACACUGAGGCCAGAAUGCUGCAUUCUUUUUCAGUUUGGAGGGGGUUAUUCAAUGAAUAUUUCGGUUCACACUGAUAUGAAGAUUGUUAUCAGUGAUGGUUGAGCCAGAUUACUCCUGUGGUCCUUCUAAGUGGGAUAAUUAGACCUGCAUCUUUCACUAUUUGAAAUCUACAAUUUUUUUUCUUAAGGACCUUUUUUCUUUGUUAAAAAAUACUUUGAAUACAUUGUCAAUAGCUAGAAUUAUUACCCUCUUACCAAUCUGAAAUAAUUGGAAGUUACUGGUAAAAUUCUUCAGAUUCACAGUUUUGAAGAUCCUUAAGGAUAGGAGAUGCUCAGUUUUAAUUUCUGAAAGAGGAAAGGAGGUCUGUGGGGUGUGGGGAAGCCUGUCUUACCUGGUGCCUUUCUUGCUCAGUGGUAACAGCCAGAAUUUGACUUAUUAAUAAAUGUAAUUCCUUUUUCACAUGAGCCAUUUAACGUUCUGAUCUGUAUAGCUUACUGCUGUGUCUCUCCCAGUUUGAACAGUACCUAGGCAUAUAGGUGCUCAGUAAAUGAACAUAUCCGACAAAUGUUCUCAAUGUAACAGAUCCUGCAUGGUCAGCAGAGGGAGGGCUGACGCCACAAGUCCUCCUUGGUGGAUGGGUUAAGAACUCCCCUAAGGUGGGGCAGGUGCCCCUUCCACAUGGGAAGGAGGGGGGAGGAUUUGUAUCCAUGGAUGUUCAAUAACUGCUUCUAGGAGAAAAGGUAGAGCUUUUCCAGUAGCUGCAGACAUACAGUGUCUGGCCAGAGAAUGGGAUGUUUGUUUUGAAUCUUCUGUUACAACGCAGGGGAUUGACUUACUUAGUUUGUGGACCAGAAAUUCUCACAUCCCGAAACUGCAAAAGAAAAAAAAGAGUUGCAUCAAAAUAUCAUGCUUUCCCAAGAUUUUCUUCAAAGAAAUAUGAAUCAGGGCAACCUGUGAUCUAGAUAAUCUCAUCUUAAAAUUCUUCUUGCUAAUAAAAUCACUUAGGAGAAAUCUGCUUGACAUUUCAGAGAGAGAAAGCAGAAUAAUAAAUUGCUUUUUUGAAUGGGACAGACCUCUGAGAGAAGACACCUACCACUGAGUCUCACUAUUAGAUUUUUAAAAAGUUUGGAGUUAGAAGGAGCAGUCCCCUCCUUUCAGAGGCAAAAAGCUGGGGGGCAGGGAGGCUGGGGUGGGGGAUGCUAAGGCUGCACAGCCGGUUCGCGUCACGCUAGGGACUGACGCCCUGCCUCAGCGCCAGGAGUGUUGGUUCUUUACUCUGAUGACUUUGACUGCAAAAUAAUCUUCACUGAUGAUCAGACACAGCCCUUUCUCUCGCUGAGCCUUACUUUGCUUGUUUAUAAAAGGAGAGUAUUUGGACUAGAUGAUGGCUAAAGUCUCCUUCCAGCUCUGGAAUUCUACAACUUGUUACAAAGCCACACACACACAGUCCACUGAGUGCCCCAAAGGCAGUUGUUCCUACCUGCCCAGGGUGCCACCAGCCUGGGUGUAAUAUUUGUUAUAAUCUAGUCGUAACAGUAGUUGAGCCAAAUCCGAGUUGAUCUGAUGAUUGCGAACACUGGAGAGAAUCUUGAAUAGGAGUGAAGACUGGCGGCUAAAACCCUGCAGAGAGAAGGACUCAAGCUGUCAUUCCUCUUAGACUUACCAGCUAUCCAUGUGGAGUGAAGGAGCAGAGGAGAUUCCUUGGAAAAGUCUUGCUGAAAAUUCCACAGUACCAACUGGCCUUCCCCAUUCCCAUUUCUGUUAGCUCCUAAAAUGACUUCUUCAUACCGAGUCCAUAGAAUGCAUGACUUCCUAUGAAAGUACUCUCAUACUCAGUAGGAAUUUAGCAGCCAGCUUCAAAUUAAUAUAUUCUGCUGUGUACUGGGGUUGGGGAGAGCCUGUGUUUCCGUUACAGGCAGAUAAUUAUAAUCUCAGUGAAACAGAGGGUUAGUUCAAGGAAGUAAGGAGGUUGGAUGUUAGAAAGUAAGAACAAAGCCAGUGCAUAUCUGGUGGGCUGAAUAAACUAUUCAGGGCUGAACUAUAUUUGAACGCUCAGGCAGCACAUAAUUAUCUGCUUUAAAAACUGAUACCAACAUUUUUUAUCUUACUAUUUCUGUGUGUAUGUAUUGGGGAAAUGUUUUAACUGACUCAGAGGAAAAGAUCACGAUUUCCCAUCCACAAAGCCACCUCUGUCCUUUGGACAGGGCUGCUUACUUUCAGUGGCCGGGCUGACUUACCUUCACCAGGAUGCUCAGCUGGGCGGCCCCACGUUCAUCCAGUGGGCCCAGAUUCUGACUGACCAGCGAGCAAAAGCUGUGGCAGAGAUCUAAGAUUUCAUUCAGGCAGUGAAACACCUAGCCAGGAAACACAGUUGACGUUAGGAGAAAAAGGAAGAUACACCUGUGAAAUUAAAGAUUUGGGAAAAUAAGAGCCAACCUAUUCCCAUUCUCUACAUCUGACCUCAGUAGAGACAAUGCAAGUCCUGCCAGCCCCUCAAAAUGCAACAUGUGUAAAACACUCUUCCCUUCCAGGCAAAGACACUGUCAUUCUUAGUCACCCUGCACGAAACCUCCACUCGAGCCACAUUAAACUAGUCAUUGUCUCUGGGACCCACCGAGUGUGCUCCCACCUUGAGCUUUGCUUUCAGUGUUGUUCCCUGUGCCUGGGAUACUCUCCUCAAUACCAGCUUGAGUCCUACUCCUAACAGCGUGCUCCCUUCCCCACCACAGCCUUUAGCGACCCCUUGCUUCCCUCUCCUCUAUAUUAUCUGUACUGUGUACUUGGCGUUUGUUCAGGCCGUCUGUGUUGUUACUGAUCUGUGAUGUAUGUAAGUCCCGUUUCUCCAACUAGAUUGUGAGCUCCUUAAGGGCAGAGCCAUGACUUAUACCUCUUUGUAUCCCCAGUGCCUUGCAUACAGUAAGCACUCAAUAAAUAUUUAAUGACCAUCA